AUGAACCCACGAGACUCGUGGGGCUGCACUCCCGCUCUCAAGGUGGGGGAUAAGGAACUGGCCGAUAACAAGGAAAAAGCUCAAGCUUUCAUGGACUCGUUCUUCCCACCAAUGGCGCCUGCGGAGGAUGAAACCCCCAUAAAUGCCCUAUCCGAACUGUCGUGGGAACCAAUCUCGGACGUUGAAGUCUACCGAUCCCUGAAGGCCGCGAAGAGCUUAACGGCGCCAGGCGAAGAUGGCCUCCCAACACUAAUCUGGAAGCGACUCUGGGCCUACAUUAGGAACACCAUCACACGGAUAUUCACAGCGUCUAUUGACCUAGGCUACCACCCCCAAAGAUGGAGGAGCGCCCGGAUCGUGGUGCUUCGGAAGCCUGGCAAACCGGACUACUCGCUCCCUGGCGCGUAUCUCCCAAUUUCCCUGCUCAACACGCUUGGCAAGCUAUUGGAGGCGGUAAUGGCCCGAAGGCUAUCCUUUUUUGCAGAGAAAUACGGGUUGUUGCCAGACACUCAGUUUGGGGGACGUCUAGGACGCACGACGGAGCAAGCUCUCCUGGUGCUGGCUAAUGCAAUCGACCGAGCAUGGUAUCGACAGAAGAUUGUCACUCUCGUGGCCUUCGAUCUCAACGGAGCCUUCAACGGUGUGAACAAAACCAGUCUUGACUUUCGUCUUCGAGCGAAAGGCAUUCCCACGGUGCUUAGGCGAUGGAUCUCCAGCUUCAUGAGCGGACGUCAGGCUAAUAUUGGUUUCGACGACUACCAGAGCGCGGUGGCGCCGCUGGAAAAUGUAGGGCUCGCGCAGGGAUCUCCUCUCUCGCCCAUUCUCUUCGCCUUCUUCAAUAGCGACCUGGUCGAUCAAUCGGUCGAUUUCGACGGUGGGGCAUCGGCCUUUAUCGACGAUUACUUCCGCUGGCGGGUCGGUUGGACCGCUGAAGAGAACCUGGCCACGAUCCAAUUCGAGGACAUACCACGGAUCGAAGCAUAG